ACGAUUUUUAUUAUUGACAGGUUCCAGACUGGGUGCCCGACAUGUUCAAGUGGCAUUUAUGCUUCUGUUGCUUGGUAUUGGAAUUGGAAUGAGAGUACACCUUUCUGUAGCAAUAGUAGCGAUGACAGACAAUACAACGAGCACAAAUCCUGAUAUUCCGACUUACGAUUGGAAGAACAAGAGCCUAAUAAUUUCAUCUUUCUAUUGGGGAUACUUCUGUCUUCAAGUAGUUACGGCGGAACUGGGUCGGAAAUAUGGUCCCAAAAAAUUUUUACUAUUAGCUAUGUUUAUUAAUUCGACUGCAAUCUCACUGAUACCUCUGAUAGCUAAUUUAUAUGGAUCAAUAGGAGUGAUAGUUUGCAGAGUGAUAAUGGGACUGACACAAGGCUGUUUUUAUUGCAAUGUUCAUAACAUUCUCUCCAAGUGGACUCCAGAUUCUGAAAGAACUCGUUUGACAUCUUUUGCAUUAUCAGGUGCGUCAUUGGGCACUAUCUUCACAAUGCCGAUUGUUGGAUAUAUGUCAUCUUCAAACCUAGGAUGGCCAUCUGCACACUAUUUAUAUGGAAUAGUCGGAUUCUCAUGGACUAUUUCCUAUCUCAUUAUUGGUUCUGACAGUCCUAGAGAACAUCGCAGUAUAACAGAAGCAGAACUGAAGUAUAUCGAAGGUUCAAUGAAACCAGCCGAAAAGAAACUACCUACUCCUUGGAAGUCAAUUGCAACAUCUGUACCAGUAUGGGCCUUAUUUUUUACGCAAAUUGGUGGAAACUGGGCUUACACUACGUUACUUUCAGAAAUUCCAAUUUACAUGAGUAAAGUCAUGGGAUUCGACAUGCAAAAUAACGGACUAUUAUCAGCAGUUCCUUACUUGACCAAUUUCUUUUUGACUUAUGUAUUUUCCUUUUCAUCAGACUUUCUGAUCAAUAAAAACAUUUUAUCCAUAACUUUGUGCCGGAAGAUUGCUAACUCAAUAGCAACAACAGUACCAGCACUAUCAUUAAUUGUUCUCGGUUUUCUACCAAAUGAUUCGAAUACUUUAUCAGUUAUACUGCUGAUAGUGGCUGUGGGUGCACAGUCGGCAUCUUCAAGUGGAUAUUUGGUAAAUCAUUUGGAUCUAUCUCCAAAUUUCGCUGGAAUUUUAAUGGCAAUUUGCAACAGCACGGCAUAUUUUGUAGGAAUCUUCGCUCCAAUUCUAGUACAACUUGUUGUUGUUGACGAG